AAAAAACGCUCAUUGUUAAAAAUAAAUACUAUCCAUCACGUCAAAACACCAGAAGUAAAGACCCGAAUUGAUAGUUGUUUGAUAAUUGUAUAGUUAUUUUUUAUUUGAGAAAUGACUUCUUUUUUUGGUAAUGCUCUCGGAGGAAUUGGGGGCAACCCCUUCGCAACACCUGUAGGAAUGAAGGUAGAACAAGCUACAGAUGGAUCACUUGCAUCUGAAAAUUGGGCUUUAAACAUGGAAAUAUGUGAUUUAGUAAAUGAGUCGGAAGAAGGACCAAGAGACGCUAUUAAAGCAAUUCGUAGAAGACUUGCACAAAACGUUGGCAAAAAUUACACAAUAAUUAUGUACACACUCAUUGUUCUUGAAACCUGUGUCAAAAAUUGUGGAAAACGCCUUCAAGUUCUUGUUUGUACGAAAGAUUUCAUUCAGGAACUUGUAAAAUUGAUUGGACCCAAAAACGACCCUCCAACAGUUGUACAAGAAAAAGUUCUCAGCUUAAUCCAAGCUUGGGCUGAUGCUUUCCAAAACGUUCCUGAAAUGUCUGGUGUUGUUUCUGUGUAUAAAGAUUUGAAAGCUAAAGGUAUUGAAUUCCCAGCUACAGAUCUUGAUGCUCUAGCUCCUAUUCACACACCUAAAAGAUCAGUCAGUGAACUGCCUGUAACAAUGGAGCCACAAAUUCAAACAUCUCCAAAUCGUCAAAUAUGCAGCCCUACUGGUGGAAUGUCACCUGAGCAAAGAGCUAAGCUCCAGUCUGAAUUAGAUGUUGUACAGAGCAAUAUGAAUGUUCUUGGAGAAAUGCUCAGUGAGAUGACGCCUGGAAAAGAAAAUGUUGACGAAUUGGAGCUUUUGCAGGAACUGAACAUUGCAUGCCAUGCAAUGCAAGAAAGACUGAUGGAGCUCAUUAGUAGAUUACCAAAUGAUGAACUCACUGCUGAACUAUUGAGAAUAAACGAUGAUAUGAAUAAUUUAUUCCUACGUUACAGUAGAUGGGAGAAGAAUAGGGAAGCAAAGGGACAUUCUCCUUCGACAAUUUUGGCCAAAACUUUACCACCAAUGGCACAAACUGGCAAACCUACUCUGGAAGCAUCUGAUAGUCUUAUUGAUUUUGAUGAUGAUUUACCCAAUCAAUUGACUAAAUUGAGUACAUCUGACACAACUGCUGCAUCCCAGUUGAGUAAAAUUAAUAUGGUUUCCGCUAAAAACACAGUUAAAUCUGAAGAUGACUUUGAUAUGUUUGCCCAAUCAAGAAAUGUUACCUAUGAAUCUUCUAAAACCACUGGGAGCACUUAUGAGGAUAAUUUAGAACCCAAUCAAGUAUCAGGGGGGCUCAGCUCUUUAACAUCCAAUCAGAAAUCUGAGGAAUUGGAGUUCCAUGAAAUGGCCAACUGGUUGGGAGCUACUGGUGGAAACGAAGAAUCUGUAACUAGCAGCGAAUUCGAAAGAUUUCUUGCGGAAAGAGCUGCUGCUGCUGAAUCUGCUGUUCCACUGAGUGGAAAUCCAAAGGCGUCGAAUGGCACACAAGGGAAAAAGGAGGAAGGCCACUUCCCGUUGUAAGUUAACCAAAAAUAUCUAUAUAUAUAAAUAAAUAUAAAGAUCAAUAUACCUAUAUCUGGAUCAGGCAUUAUGUAGUGAAUACUGUUGAUCACCUUUUUGUUGACUUAUGAUUUUGUUGAUUAUUUUAUAAGAUUUUAUUGCUUUUUUAAAGUCAAUAUCAGUUAUUACCAAACUACCUUGUGAUUGAAUAUCCGAAUCUGCAAAUUUUAUACUUCAUUUAUAUAAUCUCUGUUAUCUCGAUUGAUUUAUUUAUUUAUUAUGGGUAAUGUGAAGUUUAUGAAACUUCAUUCUUUGAAAUUGGUAUUUAAUUUGUAAAAAAAAAUAAUUGAAAUUGAAAGAACUGACAAAUUGAAGAAUCUCUUAAAUAUGAGAAAUUGUAGAUGUAGUAUUUUCAUUCCACUGUAAUUUAUGAUGAGGUAUUAUAGAAUUAUUAAUAAGAGCUUUCAAAUUUGUGUAUUCAGUUGGUUUUAUUGAUAUAACUGUGAAAUAUAUAAAAAACUUUUUAAAAAAUUAUUAGCAACAAUGGAAAUUAUAUUAUAUUAAUUCUGUUUUUACCACUACACUAUUAUUUUGUAUUGUAUUGAUUUUUAUAGUAAUUUAGGGCGCCUUUUGCUUUUAUAUAUGUAUGUUCUCAUCUAAUGAUCUGAGUGUUAUCAUAAUUAUUAUUUGUGUGAAAAUUUAGAUCUAAAGAAAACCAAGCUUUGAAGAGUAGUAGUGAAAUUAUCCAUACAUAUAAUUGCUAUUAAAAAAACUAGCUUUGGUUCAAUUUAGUACAAUUGGCAAGAACUAAUAAUUGUUAGAUGAAGUUGAAUUUAUUAUUUCAUAAAAAUAUGAAUUAUCAAUUUUAGGAUUCAGUUUAUCUUAUUUUUUCAAUAAAUGAUUAUUGUAAAA